ACUUAAAAAGCACAAGGCUCAAUGUUUACCGUGCUAACUUGGCUGGAAUAUAUAGACGGACUUUCACCAUUGACGAGCUCUUCAAUAUGAAUCAGUACAUGAAAUGCGCAAGAAUUGCAAUUGAUUACCACAUAAUAAUUUGAUAAACACAGAAUUGCAACUGUUGCAUCCACUUACUCGUGGUCUUGAAUAGGAACAAAUGGAGUUUCCGUCUCAAACCCAUCGAUGUUCUUGUCCUCAUCAAAGAUGUCCGACAAAUGUAUCUUCAGAUUACUUAACACAGUGUCUGCCUGAGUUUUACUAAUCGGUUCACCAUGAAUUACAUCCGAGUCAAUGAUAAAGUUCUUCCCGUUGCUUAUCAAAACAGCAACCAUGGACCAGUGAAGAGAAUCAACAAUAGGAGCAAAUAUCUGGAAAAAAAAUAUUGUCAAACUCCUGAACCCAGUAACAAUGUCUCACAAUGCACAACACUGGCUCGCAUCAGGGCCAUCAAUAAUCUAAACUUUGUAUAUGUGCACUUAUUAAGCAGAGUCAGAGCUUAGUUAUCUAUUUGGUCCUUCCGAUUAACAUUUGUGAGAACUGCCUGACGUGAAUGGUUAACUCUUUGGAUAAAUACCAAUGUUCAAAGGCCAAAUUAGAUCUGGUAAAAUAAUACACAAACCUUAUCCGCUUUGUCCACCCUCUCUUUUGUAAGAUCCUUCUUCAGAUAUUGAGUUUCACAUCCUUUCAGCAAUUCAUUCUGGAAUAAUAGACAAAAAUCAUAGGUACAGAAUAAAAAAAUUAAAAUAUCCAUGAGCUGAGUUUUUUUUGGAUAAGUACUUACAACAGAAGAUUGACUAAGGAUGAUUGUAUCAGGGUACUGUGAGAAAAACAGUUGGCAGCAUAACUCAAAUAUGAUUGGGCACAUAGCACCCUUUGGUUCUUGUUUAAAGCACUCUACAAAAGUAUGCUCACGUAUCUCAAAGUCACCCAUCUUAAAAUAAAUUUUCUCGCGCUGUCUUCCCUCAACCAUCUUCUUGUACAUUUUAUAUUCAAUCAAAGGAGAAGGCAGCUCUACAAGGGUUCCGUAGCAGCUGCUAUCCUAGUUAAUCAACUGAAAAGAACAUAAAGAAAUCAUUAUAGAAUGGUAACACGUGAUUUGCAAAUUUGUAGUCAUAUUAAUAUAUGAUUUGUACUUACAUUAAGAUCAUCUAGUGAGAUCAAAUUCCUGUCCCCCCCAACCGCCCUUUUCUGAUAUGGAUUUUCGAGAAUUUUCUGGAGCGAUUCAUUUGAAUAGCAGUAAAUUCUCCCAGAUGAUUCCAUUUCCACAUAAUUACCUUCAGUACAGUCCGCCAAACAAAUCUGUGAACCAAAAUGAGAAAAGUUAUCGUAGAUAUCUCUAGAAAACAAAAUUACCUGCAGCAACUCCUAGUACUUACCAUAAACACAGGCACACAACAAGCCAUACAUUUCAGCCCGCCUUUCUUAUGCAUCAGAUUCAAAUCUUUCUUCAUUUUUUCGAAAACCAGAUAUGCCCAGUCCAGCUCAUCUAUUUUGUCUACAUGAUAUGCAUAUCUAACUGCAGCUUUGGUUACAAACGUACCAUGGCCUGGCAGUAGCAAUCUCUCUACUAUUAUUGCAAAGAAAAGUCUGACGAGCCUAAGGUCCGUAGCAAGAUCUCUGAAUUCUUCCUCUUUACAAUGAUUGAACAAACAUUCAAUCUUUGUCGGGCUGAACAUUGUUCUUUGUUCCCUAUAGUCCGCAGGGGGUUCCCUUCUUUUGCUGCUGCUGGCCUCUUUUGAAGAACCACUCCUUUGGUGAGGUGAUUUCUGCUAUUGUUUUUUGCUUCUGCCUAUUGACUCUUCUGGGUACUUAGCAGAUACGACAUAUAGUAGCUUCCACAUCUCUUCGUACUCUCUUUCCACCACAUCCUCUGAAGCUUGAGGCUUCUUAUCACUUCCACGAGACAAGUCAAGAACAUGCUGAAUGACCUUCUCAUUGAUCCAAAGUGAUCCACACCUGAGACGGAGUUCAAUUAAAUUUUCUUUUUCAUGAAAAAGAGCCUUGCACAUGAGCUGUUCACAAAGCUGUUUGUAUGAAAGCUUUGUUAGCUGCAUCUUCAGCAUGUUUGUACCGGAUUGUGACUUCUUAAUGAUGUCAAGCAUUGGCUCUGAAAGUCCAUUCAUUAAUGGUAUCCACGCGCCAGGUUUAUACCGCGUGUUCCAUUCCCAUUUUUUCCCUGUGUUACCCUGAUUGUUAUCCUGCCCUUCUUCCCCUUAUUCCUCAACAGACACUUCUGAAACCCCAAACACAAACCGCAAUUAGGAUAUUAAGACCUACUUGAUAUAAUUCAAUUAUGAUAUAAUUCAUAAUUCAGGUGAAAUGACCACAUGUCAAUGUUAGUGAUAUGUCCAAACCUGAAUGUAUUAAGUACAAAAUCAUGACGAUCAAAUGGAUAACAAAUCUCUCAUUUUGCCCGUUUAAAAUCUGCGGGGUACAUGCAUAUUAAAGGAAAUACAAUGUAAAGCUUCUCUGCCCUCUACAUGACCCACCAAACAAAUAAAAACUGUAUCUGAACUCACAUUGAUGUUUUGUUUGCUGAAGAAAAUGGCCGUGGAAAUUUCUUAUGAUAGGCUAGAUUUUUUUUGGAUUGCAGCUAACAUUUUUUUAGUGUAAUGAGCCAUGCAUAUGCAUAAAUGGUCAGUUAAAUACUAUCAUACAUCGACAUGCAAGGAAUGUAUGUGCUCCAUCUUAGCACAAACACAUGCCAGGGGUAAGGCUAUUUAUCAAUCUAAUUUUUUUUUUCCAUCGACUCAAUUACCUCUACUGAAGUUGCUGUAUCCGUUGCAUCCUGAUGGGCAACGUUGUUUACUACUUCCAUCAGGCCUCAUCUGGUGCAGCGGUGGCACUGAAUUGCGUGCCCUGCACUCCUUCCCUCUCCCUUGGCUCACCAUCAUCGGUGGAUCGAACUGCCGAGAUGGAGCCUGUACUGCGCCGUGUUUCCCUGUCCUUGCAGCAUCCUCCACUCCACGGCUGCCCCUGCCUAGACAUGGCCGUGCGCGGUGCCAGCUGCCCUAUGUCGGCCGGGAAGCUCAUAUACACGCCGUAUGACGUUCCAGCUGCCGCGUAUUGGCAGUCGGCCGGGAAGCUCAUAUACACACCGUAUGACGUUCCAGCUGCCGCAUAUUGGCAGAAGGCAGCACGAGGGACACGGGACCCAAGUGGUGGAUCGCGCCGAAGCCUCUGAUGCCUUCCAAUGCCUGCGUGCAAGGGGGCGCUUUUCCAACCAAUUUCGCGUGGAGGCAAAUCAAUUUCAUUGUAAUUAUUUUCCCUGUUCCUCAAAAUUCUCGUGAGUGACUGAAGAAACAUUUCUACCUGUUUUAAUUGUAUUAUUCUUAUGCCGCUGUGUAAUAACCGUGGGCAAAUUAUCAACUUCAAGUGAGACAUGCGAGUUUGACUCUUGUUCUAUCCAUGUUCAGUACAACUUAAAUAGGUUAUGCAAAGAGAACGAAGAAGUACAGAUUUUUCAAUAGAAGCAAUACAACUUCAAUUUCAGAGAGCGCAGCACAGCAUGAAAAAAGGGCUGAACAUAUCUUGGAGGAAUUUGCAGAUCGGAAAGACAGGGAGGGUGUCGAGCACUUGCCUGGUAUGGACGCGGCCACGACGAGCUGCGUCUCUGCCUUCCGCUUCUUCCCUCGGCCAUUUCCAUUCGCCCUUCCCAUCGGGUUCUUCCCUUUGCCUCCGCCUUCGCCCCGUGCCUCCGCUCUGUGCCACCAUGGGGCGACGAGUGAGAACCCUAGAUAAUGCUUACUAGCACGAAUACAUGGAGGAAGCAAGAGGAGAAGCAGGGGGAGAAGCGGAGGAGCAGCAUGGCGACGACGAUUACCAGCAACACUACAUCAACCGCGUAGCGGCUCCGCCGACCGGAGUUGAGCAAGACACGGGAGUGGGGGCAAUGGAGAGGGGACAGGGGAGUAGAACUAACCUCAGAAGUACGAGGAAGAGGCGCGUGCGCGGUAGCUGUGCGAGCAGGUUUCUCGGAGCGAUGGUUCCAGCGACGAGGGACGAUGGCGGUUUAUCGCGGUGGAGAGGUGGAGGUGGUCGGCGGGUCGCGCUGCGUUUCCCACGGGAGGACAAGGUGGAGUUGGAACUCUGCUUCGUCUUCCGCGGCAUUAAUUGCGGGCGGCGCGUCUUUGGAGAGCCACGUUAAUGGGGCGCCUCGGCUUCCGCGAGCGUGCGCAGCUAGUAGGCGUUGCAGUGGCAGACCAUUGAAGGCGAGAUGGCGUCCGAGCCUCUUAAAGGAACGCUGCCGGCGCCCAUUUCCCCGACCAAACCAUCUCGUCUAGCUCGCCAUAUCACGCUGCAGGGCCCGGUGCACCCGGCGUACGACCUCAUGCUCGAGAGGUGCUGCAUGUUCGCCGACUUCGGGCGCCUCCUGGGCUACACCUUCUCGGCCACCGGCCUAGGAUUCCUCGCUACAUCGUUUCUUGCAAGACAUCGCGCGCCCUAUCUCCCCUCUCAAUCUGUCAUGCAGGUAUUGCUCGCGGUUCCGCCUCGGCAUGUAAUACUCAUGGUUGGCUGCGCUUGCGCUUGUUUGCCCGUGAAGACCAAGAUGGAGUACUAUGAUCUCCAGCUUGGGUUUGCAAAGACCGUUCUGAAAUCUGGAGACGAGCGCACCAAGACGGAGCUUGCCAAAUUAAUACUGAACAAGCAUAGCGAUGACAAAUCACUGGUUGAAGCUGUGAAGAGGCACUUCGUAGCUGACCACGUGUUCAGUGAUCAGCACCAAGAGAAACCGCGGCUUCUCCGGUGGCGCGAACGCGGUACAUACUUGGACGGUGCUUUGCUGGAGGAGAUGAAGGAGUAUGAAGAAGAGCUGAAGGAGCAUAAAGCAAAGCUGCAAAAGUUAAAGAAGGAGCUUGAAGCAUUGCUGAAAAGGAUGAUGAAGUAUGAAGCAAACAACUCUGAUGAUGAGGCUGAAUCAAGUGUCAACGUUGGAUUAUUUCAGGAGGACCCACUGGCUUGUAUUCUUGGUACUCCAGGGAACAUCAAGGAGACGGGAGAUCGAUGAACCCUCUGAGCACACUGGAGUCGUUCUCCUGACGAAACGAGAGCUGCAAGGCCACCAGAGAAGUCAACGGCAUCAAUGUCGCCGACAUCCUGACAAAACGGUGUCAUGAACUUAUAUAAUGAAGUCUUAUCAUUUGUGUGCAUGAAAAUACAACUUGUUGAUGUGCACAACUGUGGCUGGCAUAAUUGUAUGGCAUGCAGAUACUAUGCAGUGAUGGACGUGUUAUGUUUUUUUUUUGGCCAAUGAGAUAAUAUAUUAAUCGAUCCUCAAGGUUGAGGAAGGUGGUUGAUCUCCUAGACUAUGAAGAUCUUCGGCGAUCUUCCCAGGUUGCAGUCCUUGGUCAUGUUAACAGCCUCGGAUCCAUUUCAAUUAUGUAGGGGAGAGUGGAACACUCCAUCGCCAAUGCGACCACCUCC